GUCAACUGUUCGCCGAAUCGACAUUGAUUCAUUUUGUAGCGGAGUUUCAACCUGAUAUGCACAUUUCUUUGGGAAUAAUUCUUCUAAAUGUCUUCUUUUCAUCGAGCUUAAUACUGAGAUCCAAAGCUAGGCACAUGAUCGCUUCCCUAUUGUCAAGUAAGCGGAGAUUUCAAGAACUAGACGGCACGUGCUCUUUCUCGGAAAAGAAGGAACUGCAGAUUCGUCGAAACCGAUAUGGAUUAGUAAAGAUCGUCAUUUCACGAAGCCAAGGGGCAUCAAGAAUGAGGCUUAUCGGGUUUUACGUCCCAUUCUAUCUAUUUUUCGUGCCAGCUCUCGUAAAAGGUUUAAGUACCAUCCAACCGAGACAGUCCAGUGCUACAAGGACAGAGGGGGCAAGUUUUCUCUUCGAAUGGGAUUUUCAUCUUCAAGAUGAGGACAAAAUAGAACUAACAGGGUUCAUUUUUGGCCUUUGGGUGGAUGGUUAUACCACGCAUUAUCUUAUGACGGUAACCAAGGAGGGAAGAGUGAUUCAUAAUCCUCAGUUGAGCAAGAAACAUCCAAGUUACGUCGGGCGAGUCACUUGGGCAGGAAACAUAUCAAAGUCGUAUUUGGCCUAUAAGUUGGAGAAUCUGACUUACUCGGAUAGCAACACAUACGGAUGUCAAAUUGACGUGGGAGGUUUCCGACGAACAAUUCAUUCUAUGAUCACUUUAAAUGUCCAGGCGAUAAAUACAUCAAAGACACCUGAACUGAGUGUCUCUUCCAUAUGGGUCCAUACUCCCAAUGCUACAUCGAGCACAUUUGUUCCAUUAUUAAAAGGAGGACCUCCAGCUGUAGUAAAACUUCCUUUCCACGACAUUGACAUCAAUGACACGAGGUUUUUAUGCACCUGGGAAUACCCUAAAGACAAUAAUGGAGCCAAUAUAACGAUGUUUACCGUGUGGUAUCGCCCAUUACUUCGGGAAAAAUGGUCUAAAGUGAAUGUUACACAAAACAGAUACUCAGUUAGACUGAAUUGCUGCUUGACAUACGAGAUUAUGGUAACAGCUUGGAAUAAGAAGGGUCAGAGCUCUUUUGAUCCUAGAACAGCAGCAAGGGUCACAGUUCUCAAAGGAGCAACUGCUUCCCCUAAGAGUGUCCUGGAAAAUGCAACAGCGCGAAGUGUAACAACUUCGAAUUCAAACAUUUUGGUGUCAAAUGGGAAAGCCGGCUCCGCGAAGUCAAAGUGGGAAUUAGGGGUUGAGUACUUACCUUACUUGUCAGUCCUUGCCAUUCCUGCAUUUCUUUGGGCUGUGACUUCCAAGCUCCGAAGGAGAACUGGAGUGAAUAAAAUCUCAGCAAACGAGAAUGGAACAGUAAUGCAAUACCAGCGGGUAGAAGCUGAAACAGUGCCGAUGGAUCCGGUUCCGUCCUGGGAGUUUCGGAAGGAAGACUUGGAGAUUGAUAGAGUAGUUGGCCACGGUGCGUUUGGAGUGGUCUCCAAAGCCUACGCUCGAUAUCUGCAGGGCUACUCAGAAUGGACAGUUGUGGCAGUAAAAAGCUUGCAGGAGGAUGCGAAGGAAAGUGAAAGAGAAGAUCUGUUGUCUGAAUUAAACCUUUUAAAGAGGCUGAAACCUCAUCCACAUGUAAUAAAACUUUUGGGUUGCAUCACAGAAGAAAAAGAAACCCCAUAUGUAAUCAUUGAGUAUGUACCUUAUGGAGAUCUUCUCGGUUAUCUUCGGAGAAGUCGAGGGUUGCACGACUGUUACUACGAAUAUCCCGAGAUAAAACCAACGACGAACCUAACUUCAGAGCAGAUCAUAACGUUCGCCUGGCAGAUAGCUGACGGCAUGCAGUAUAUCUCAUCUAAAAGGAUCAUCCACCGAGACCUAGCAGCAAGGAAUGUAUUAGUUGGUGAUAACCUCAGAUGCAAGAUUACAGAUUUUGGAAUGGCUCGCGAUGCUGAUAUGAAAGAUAUUUAUGUACCACGUAAUCAGGGCCGAAUUCCUGUUAAAUGGACAGCAAUUGAAGCAAUGUCUGGAAGGAUGGAGUACUCAACGAAAAGUGACGUAUGGAGUUUUGGAAUCGUUCUAUACGAGAUUUGCACCAUUGGCGCUGAACCUUAUCCAGGAAUAAGUCCGUAUGACAUUCCAAGAGUAUUACAAGAGGGGUAUAGAAUUCCUAAACCUGAUUAUUUUAAGGAUGAGUUAUAUAAUAUCAUGCUGAAUUGUUGGGAAACGGACCCUGAAAUAAGACCGUCAUUUGAGUCAUUGCGCUCUUCCAUCAGAGGAUUACUGAAGGCUAAUCAGAAUUAUGUCAACAUACAAGACUACCUUGAAACUCACCAAAGUAAAAUUAGUUUAUAACAGUCAAAGUGGCUCUUAGAGUAAAGAUGAGACAAUUUCCGAUUUCCUGCUGGGCCGCUGGUUUACAUGUCAUAAUACUGAAUAUUAAUUCUUAGAAAGAACUGGCAUAGAUACCGUCGUCUUUCUGCGUCUGUGAAGGGCAUCCACGUGCCAGCUCGUAUCCACUAGCGAGGCACCACUGGUACCAAAAGAACGUCCACGCUCAGAGAAAUAGCAUCUUGAUUAUGCCACAAAAGUUCACUUUAGUCACGGGAACCAUACCACAUCAAAUAAAAAGCACAAUGACUUGAAUGUCCCAAAUGCCAAAAGAUUUUCACUUUUUUAACAUAGUAUGAGCUCUACUUUCUACGCUUCAAAAUGGUCAGUUCUGUCGGCAAGAUUUUAAAAAAAGCACUCAACACGAUUGAUAUUUACUAGUGAUCUCUUAAUUGUGAGUGACGUAGUUUACGUAAGAUAUUUGGUUCUGAUUUUCUUUAAAGUAAAUGGAAAACGGACUACCGACUUAUUUGAUGCCUGACUACAACUGAGGCGGUCGUCCGAGUCCCCCCUGCGUGAGGUCUUACAGAAAUUUUUAACAUGUAGUUACUGCCGUUUCUAACAGUGUGAAGUCUCUUUUAUUCGCUUAGGAUCCGUUCUGUAAAUAAUAAUUUAUUUGUUAUGAGUAAUUGUUGUAAAUAUAAGCUUCGAGAGAUUUCCAGACUUCUUAGUCAUGCUGACUUGCAUGCCAUAAAACUAUCCAGAACAUUUCAUCAAGUCACGCAUUUAUUAUGUAAUACUACUAAAAUAGUUCUUAUGUAAGCUUCUGGAAUGUUCCAGAACACUUUGCGAAUAUAUAUAAAGACUCACUUAUGUAGCAGUAGCAGUGGUUGUUGUUGUUGUUGUUGGAGCGACGCCUGUUUUGAAAGCUAGCUCAAGCGGAAGAUAGCUCACUUCAAGGAACUUUGGAGACAGCAAUGAGAUUGUGUCAGUGGUGAGCUA